AUGCCUCCCGCCAUGCCUCAAACCCCGCACAAGGAUGACCUCGAAGAAACGUGGUCGUUCUUGGAGGCGGGGAUCAACAGUGUGAUGUUGAAGCUGGAGGAAGGCGUUGACAUGAAGACUUAUAUGGCUCUCUACACGGCCGUACACAACUUUUGCACUUCCCAGAAAGCUGUUGCCAACAAUCAAGGCCUACAGGCGCAUAGGGGAGCACACCUUUUGGGCGAGGAGCUAUACAAGCUUCUUGGAGAAUACCUUUCCCGCCACCUGGCUGUAGUUCUGAACGAAUCCAAAGGACAUGCCGAAGAAGCUCUUUUGGGGUUCUACAUUCGCGAGUGGACCCGCUUCACGACAGCUGCCAAAUACGUUAACCACCUCUUCAGUUACCUGAAUCGUCACUGGGUUAAGCGCGAGAUUGACGAGGGAAAGAAGAACGUUUAUGACGUGUACACUCUACACCUGGUCAAGUGGAAGGAUGAUUUCUUCGAGAAUGUUCACGCCAAGGUGAUGGACGCCGUGCUUAACUUGAUUGAGAAACAGCGAAACGGAGAAACCAUUGAGCAGUCGCAGAUCAAGAGCAUUGUCGACUCCUUCGUCUCGCUGGGCCUGGAUGAGAAUGACAGCAAGAAGUCCACUCUGGAGGUCUACCGCCAAUACUUCCAGCGACCCUUCAUAGAUGCCACCCGGACAUACUACGAGAACGAAUCACGGCAAUUCGUCGCAGAGAACAGCGUGGUGGAAUACAUGAAGAAGGCAGAGGCUCGGUUGGACGAGGAGAAAGCCCGGGUUGGCCUGUAUCUCCACCAGGAUGUCGCCAAGACCCUAACAGAGACAUGUUUGGACGUCCUGGUGACUGCCCACUCUACCUUGCUUCGUGACGAGUUCCAGAUCCUGCUGGACAACGAGCGCCAGGAGGAUCUGGCUAGGAUGUACCGGCUGCUCUCGCGCAUCAAGGAGGGCCUGGAUCCCCUGCGUUCUACCUUUGAGAACCAUGUGAGGCGGGCCGGUCUGGCUGCCGUGGAGAAGGUUGCUUCAGAGGGUGACAGCUUUGAGCCCAAGUUGUACGUGGAUGCUCUGCUCCAAGUGCAUACCCGGUACCAGAACUUGGUUGAUGACGCCUUCAAUGGCGAAUCUGAGUUUGUCCGCUCCCUGGACAACGCCUGCCGUGAGUUUGUUAAUCGCAAUCGCAUCUGCAAGACCGCCACGACCAAAUCUCCAGAACUUCUGGCGCGGUACACCGACUCGCUGCUCAAGAAGGGAUCCAAGGCUGCGGAGGAGUCUGAGCUUGAGGAGAUGUUGGUCCAGAUCAUGACCGUCUUCAAGUACAUUGAGGAUAAGGAUGUCUUCCAAAAGUUCUACUCCAAGAUGUUGGCGAAGCGUCUGGUCCAUGUCAGCUCUGUAUCUGAUGAUGCCGAAACUAGCAUGAUCAGUAAGCUGAAGGAAGCUUGUGGUUUCGAAUAUACCAACAAGUUGCAGCGUAUGUUCCAGGAUAUUCAGAUUUCCAAGGAUCUCAACGCCAGCUACAAGGAUUGGCAAGAUAAGGUUCUUGAUGACGAUGACCGCAAGCGCAUGGUCGAUGCCCACUACCAAGUCUUGGGUACCGGCUUCUGGCCUCUCCAGCCCCCGACCUCCGACUUUACCGCUCCCAUUGAGAUUAACAGAACUGCCGAGCGCUUCCAGAAGUUCUACUUUGAUAAGCACAAUGGCCGCAAGCUCACCUGGCUGUGGCAACUGUGCAAGGGCGAAGUCAAGGCUAACUACAUUAAGAACGCCAAGGUGCCAUACACCUUCCAGGUGUCUACCUACCAGAUGGGAAUCCUGCUGCUUUUCAACGAGGCAGACACCUUUUCCUACUCUGACAUUCAAAAGGCCACCAAUCUGGUCCCUGAAAUUCUUGAUCCCAACCUGAGCAUUUUCCUGAAGGCCAAGGUGUUGACCUCCAGCCCCGAGGGAGCUAAGCCUGAGCCUUCUACCACCUUUUCCCUGAACUACAACUUCAAAAACAAGAAGAUCAAGGUCAACCUCAACAUCCAGAUCAAGUCCGAGCAAAAGGUGGAAACCGAGGACACACACAAGACCAUUGAGGAGGAUCGGAAGCUGCUGCUCCAGUCUGCCAUCGUCCGUAUCAUGAAAUCUCGCAAGAAGAUGAAGCACGUGCAGCUGGUGAACGAAGUCAUCCAGCAGGUCAAGUCCCGCUUCCCGCCCAAGGUCCAGGAUAUCAAGAAGAACAUCGAAGCAUUGAUGGAGAAAGAUUACAUCGAGCGUCUAGACGGGGACGAGAUCUCUUACAUUGCUUAA